AUGAACGCCGCGACACCCAUCUGCACCAAGUGUCGCGCCCUCAUCCGGCAACCCAAAAGCUUUGCGCGACUACCUAGAGCAACAUUCAUCUCGCUCAGCAACACCACCCCUCGAACCGCACCGAAAUCUCCAAAUGGCUUUGCCCAUGCGGAACCAGACGCGACUGAUAAUGUGUCAACAUCCACAGGUUCAGGAGAGAUGCCUGCGCGGCUGCCGUUGCGGCUGCAAGGCCAGCGGCAGCGACCUAGGCCGAUAGAUCCCAAGCCAGGAGACAUCCUAGAGUCGAUUUUUGAGGAAGCGGUCGCUCCACAUCGCCUGGCCAAAGAUCCUCAACAGCAAUCCACCACAUCUCUCGAGCCGUACAAGAACGCCGAAGCUCUCAGAAAGCUGCUCUCAGAGAAAACGGCCCCAGUGGAGUCCUGGAACUUCUUCGUGGAACACUUUGGCCCGGAUAUUUGGAGUAAAGACAAAGGUACCGUUGGCCAACGGGCACUUCCGGCGUUUCUUCACUCAGCAGCAAAACAAGUGUUGAGGCAGGUCAUAUCUGCAAAAUACCAGCAUCCGUUUUCGUCGACGCUCCCGACGGUGGCCGAGGUCUCGACACUAUACGCACAAUUAGGUUUGCUUCAUGGGAAUGACUGGGCAGACAUGAUGCUCAACCUAAUUGGAGAGAUUUUGAAAAUACGGCAAGAAUCUCCGAGAGACCAUAUUCGUGAGAAAGCGCUGCUUUCAGAUUUGCUUGGCUCUUGGAACGUGGUAUGCCGACGCAGCGGACAUGUCCCCAGCUUCACCCCAGUUGACUCCCUGUGCCUCGACUGGUCAAAGUUGCCAUACGUGUCGACCCAGCAUACUACUUACGUAUAUCGCAAAAGUGGCCUUCCAUCUCUGUUUGGUCUUCUCGCUCCGUCUUUCCGCCUACGGCACCUGGAUAAUGUUCCGAUCAUUGCAAUUGCAACUCUUGCUCUACUUGCAAAAGAAAGCCCUCCUGAAACAACGGGGUUGCUGGAUGACCCUGCAUUUAUAAAUACGUUGCGUCAAGUGAUUGGUGUUCGUGGAUAUGACAUUAACCAGUUGAAGGGAGUAAAUGAUGGAUCAAACAUUGACAUAGUCUCUGGCUUUGCCAUAAAAGAAUGGCAUGAGUUAGACCUACAUUCUACAAAGACCGCAGAUCCCCCUCGGGGGGCAACACACCUAAGCUCCCCUUCUCCUGUUUACCGAAUCGGUAUACACAAGAGAAUCCAGGAUGCGUUGGGAAGGCGAGAUGUCUCUCAGCUCGACAAACUAUGGAUAGACGUAGCAAACCUUCCGAUUUCUCAGUCAGAUGGAGAGCCCAAUUCUUCAGGUCUUCCAGCAAGACAUGAAACUGGCACAUUGUCCGCAUCAUUAUGCAACUACUUCAUACUAGCGUACAUGACGCUUAGAAUGCCGAAUAGUGCCAUCAAUGUAUGGAAUCAUAUGGUUAGCAGUGGUUUAACGCCAACCGUGAGGACCUGGACUGCUAUGCUUGACGGCUGUAGAGCUUCAAGAGACCGAAAUGCCCUCGAGACUAUAUGGGGGAAAAUGCAACAGUCAGAUGUAAAGCCUGACACUGUCUGCUGGACGACGCGCAUUAUUGGACUUAUUGAGUGCGGCCGGGUUGAAGAUGGACUGCGAGCUUUGGAUGAGAUGGGACGCACUUGGCUUUCGGUCAUGAAGUCAGAGCAAGGAAAGACUACCUCGGGCAAAUUAUCCCCCAGGAGCGAUAUCCAAGGCGCGGCCAAGCCCACCACUGAGACUAUCAAUGCUGUAAUUGCUGGCCUUUUACGCAAACGGAAAUCCGAAGCUAUCCGGCACGUUCUUUCCUGGUCGUCAAAGUUCGACAUUCGCCCCGAUAUUGUCACCUACAAUACUCUUCUUCGCUAUCUAAUCCGCGAUGGCCGGUCUAAGGAAGUUGGGGUCAUCUUGCAACAGAUGCAGAAAUCUGGAGUGGAGGCUGAUGUUGUGACGUUUACGACUAUCAUUGAGGAAAUCUUCCAUCCCUCGGAAUCAACUACGCCUGAAGAGCAAAGAGAGUCGAUACUCGCAAUCCUCUCCGAGAUGGAAGCGGCAGGGGUGAAAGCCAACCUCCAUACAUAUGGUAAAAUUAUUUACCAAAUACUUCGAACUCCUCACGGAGAUUUCACAGCAGUGACUGCUGUAAUGGAACGGAUGGCCCAACAGGGACUACAACCUUCGAGUCAUAUCUACACGAUGUUAAUCGAUCACUAUUUUAAUCGAGAAACACCAGAUCUUGAUGCAGCCAGAGGCUUGAUUGAGCGCGUGCGCUUGGAACCGGGAAGCGCUGACCAUAUCUUCUGGGACCGAGUUAUAGAAGGCUAUGCCAGGGCAGGCGACACAGCAUCUGCUAUGAGAAUACUUGGGAGACUUAAUAGUGAACAGAAUGUGACAGGCUGGGUGCCUCUUAAGACGCUACUGUUAGCACUUGCUCAAAAUCAGGAAUGGGAUGUCGCGAGGACCUUGGUCAAAAAUACCAUUGCUGAUCGUGGCGGCCCAAUAUCAGAAGACGAGCAUGGGAAGGAGGGCCAGCAUCCAUUUUGGAGAUUGGCUACUGAGCUGGGGUUGCUGCAAGCAUACCCGUGA